AUGCCAGGGACAGAAAGGGCACUGAGAGCCUCACAUAUGCAUCGAUAUAUGAAGAUCUCUAUGCUCGUCCUCCACGAUUUCAUUGUCCUGGGCCUCUGCAUGCCUCCCACGCAUAAGGGAAGGCAAGCCAGUCCUGGCCUGAUCGCGUUCACCAAUGCUACGACACCCACCGAGCGCUUUCCAGCUCACCAGUUGGAAGUCAUUGAUUUCUGCCUCCGCCAGACCGGAUUCGACUUUCGAGGCUAUGCUUGCGGCCCCGUUGGAGUAGAUGAUUGGGAUGCCCUCAAGCUCCUUCACCUCGACUUCACACUUCCAACGGCCGAUCCUAGCUUGACUACGACUGCAUCUCGUCUUUGCACCAUCAUCCAUGCUGCUUCUCAGUGUCUCGAAAACUCUGACUACGCCAUCCGCGAUGCAACAUUCUGGCAGGAAGUGAAGAAGCUUCUGUCCGACGACAGUAUCUUCCAAGCGGCUCCCACCUCUGACUUUGUCAAGUUCGACAACGUUCUUUACCGAUAUUACUCAGCAUUCGUGACUUUCAAAGAUCGGAACCCCGGCAUGUCUCGCACGCUUAUCAAGGAGCCUUAUACUACCAGUGCCGAGAGCAAAGCGGAAGAUAUCAUGGAACUCAACGGAACCACUGUCGAACCCCACAUCUCCUCCAAGAACGAACUCCUUGCGGCAACGGAUGAGUACAUUCGUCAGACUGAAACUUAUACGGAAGAUUACAACAAGGGAAAGCGCGAGGGUGAAAGUGCCUAUAGGAUCAAGCUCCAAGAAUUGAGAGAUCAGAUACGGAAGGAAGAGACCGAUUUGUUUGCACAAAACAGAAUAACCAUGGAUCGAAAUCGCCAGGUGGUACAGGAGAACAAAAGCAUCACAAAGAAAUUUGAAAUCUGCAAGCUGAAAAUUCGGAGCUUCGCAGACUAA